AUGGGUGUGCUGGACUUGCUGCCGCACUGCGUUAGUGGAGUGUACAUGCUCUACCAUUCAGACUACGAGAAGUGGCAAUUUGGCAAGCUGAGUGCUUUAAGAGAGGCCGCUCUUGCGCUUGAAGGUGGAUACCAGUACUACUAUAUGGGCUACUACAUCCACAGUUGCACGAAGAUGCGUUACAAGGGUGACUACAAGCCUCAGCACGUCCUGGAUCCAGAGUCAUAUGACUGGAACCCCUUAGAUGGUGAGUUAAAGAGCCUUCUUGACAAGAAGACAUACGCCUCAUUGUCAAGAGAGUGUGGACGAAAGGACUCAGCGGCUUCGGCAAAUGGAAAUGGCGAUGAUACUGCCCCGCCUAGUGAGGACGACCUCUCAGAAUUUCCUCUACCCACAGCAGCCGAAGCUGGCAAUGCAGUCCAGAGUGGGAUGUCACUCUUUGACUUGAAGAUUCCCGGGGUCAUGACAGAAGACGAGAUCAAGAGUACCUUGGAUCUUGGAUCAACACCGAUUCGAGUGAAGGGCCGGCUGGCCGAAGCUCAACAUCUUGUCUCAUGGGAUGACGGAGACAUACGUCAACCUCACUCGAUUAAGGGCAUCAUUGGCGAGCUGGUUGCAUGCCGCCCGAUCAAGGGCCUCCCCGAGUCCAUCACCGUCGAUUCUGAUGCGCCUGCGUCAGAGAUCUUCCGCAAAAUUGCGAGUGUCUCGAAAUUCUCGAUCCAUCGAUUGAGGGUCACGAAGGGUAGUGAUGGAUCAGCCAUCCGCAACGCUGCCGGGGUUACCAUCCACCAGACUGGCUUGAGAAAUAAGAGUGCUAUAGAUGUGAAGGAUCUUGGUGCCCAGAUCUCCUGGCGAACCGUCUUCUUCGUCGAAUACCUCGGCCCUCUCCUCGUCCACCCGUUGAUGUACAUUGCUCGCCCAUGGAUUUAUGGCACCAAUGCCCCGACCUCGCAGCUACAGAAGCUCACACUCAUCAUGUGUGUGCUUCACUUCGCAAAGCGCGAGUACGAGACCCUCUUCGUCCACCGCUUCUCCUCCGCGACAAUGCCUGCACGCAACAUCGUCAAGAACAGUGGCCACUACUGGGUUCUGUCCGGUUUCAACCUGGCAUACUGGUCAUACGGACCUAACAGCCCCGCCGCUCGGGCAUCGAACCCUCUCAUUACAUAUCUUGGUGUGGCUCUGUUCGCAAUUGGCGAGAUCUGCAACUACAGCACACACUUGACACUCAAGAACCUGCGUCGUCCAGGCAGCACCGACCGAGGUAUUCCACAGGGACUUGGCUUUAACCUUGUGACAUGCCCCAACUACAUGUUUGAGGUGAUUGCGUGGAUUGGUGUUGCACUUGUCAACUGGAGCUUGAGCACAGUCAUCUUUAUCAUCGUUGCUGUGGGCCAGAUGGGUGUCUGGGCAUGGAAGAAGGAGAAGAGGUACCGCAAGGAAUUUGGCGACAAGUACAAGCGCAAGAGGUAUGCCUUUCUGCCCGGCAUCUGGUGA